AUGGAUCGUCUUGAAACCGCCAUUGACGUGCUUGUAAAAGAAACUUGCGAAGGCUUGCUCAAACCAAGACAUAUUCGGAAGGCGGCAAAGGAAUGUGGAUUAAAAUUGGACAAAAAGGAUGCUGAUGAGGCCACCAUGAGACUCGUGAAACUUUUCGAAGAGAAGUUUCGUGCAGGCAUCGAUAAGGUCAUCGACGAUUCAAAGAUAGAGGAGAAAUUGGCAAACUUGGAAGUACUGGCCAAGGAGUGCAAGGAGAAGUGUGAAGAAUAUGGAGUUGAAGACGGAUACCGUCCGCUCGGAGUCGACGAAGAUUUAGAAGGUCAUAUUUAUCCCAUCGUUGCCGCAUAUCAAGAGGCGUUGACAACGAAAAAUGAGGAGCUAGAACAAGAGAUAGAGGAAACUCGCGAGCUAUUGAAGGAAGUGACUGAGGAAGUGAAUCAGUUGGCCAAAAAAGCCGAGGCAUUGAUGGCCGAGAAGGACGAGUGAUUCGUGCUCUCAGGAAGUCUGGCUGAAUUUACCGGUGCUAUUACUUUUUUUCAUUGUCCUAUUGCGGGUUUUGAUUUCGGUGUUGUUCUUGUACAAACCAUCUUUCUUUUUUUGUGGAGGUAAUCUGCCGAUCUAUCCAUCUAUUUAGUAAAUGAACAUUAUUCAAAA